CGGGACAAAAAAUUAUUCCACUUCCUCUCCUUCCUCCUCCCCUUCUGUCUCCUCAACAGGGGAGAUGUCCAAGUGAAAACGUGUACUUGGAAAAAGAAGUGAAAUCUCAUGGCUCAACGGGAAGAAGGGUGGCCGCUGGGCCUUCAACCAUUGAAUGCAAGAAUUGGGUUGGUGAGAACUCGUGAUUUCUCUGGUUCAGUUUCAUUCAGUACUUUGCUUACCGCUUCUCCCAGUUCCUCUAGCAUUUCUUCUUCAGAUCUUGACACACAGUCCACGGGAUCUUUCUUCCAUGACAAUAGCAUCACGCUUGGAAGCCUCCUAGGAGCGUCUAGCUUUCUGGAGCUCUCUAGGAGAUCAACCAGGAGAAGAACCACAGAAACCUUGAGAGACCAGAAGUCUAGGCCCUGGUUGUUCUCAUUAUGUUCAAAACUAAGCACCGACGCCGUGGACACUAACAACGCUCACUCUCUUGGUCAUUUUCUUGAAGUAGAAAGGAGAGCCGCCAACAUUUACAGAAGGAAUCAAACCCCUACUGCCUAUGGACCUGAUGAUUUCUCACAGGUAAUGCAUACUUCAGAACCGAAUUCACUCUUCGUCGGUGACCAGAUUGCUCCUGGUUCUAAUGCUGCAUUGAGUGCAGAAGAUGGUAGGAAAUCCGACAGGGAACUACUGGAACAUGGCAAUGGAUAUGGAGUUCCAUUACUGCUUUCAUGUUUGUGUGGACAACUCAUCAAAUGAGGACUUCUCACUGAACAUUUAUUAUGUUUUCUUUAUAAAAUUUAUUCUCGAUCUCAUUUUCGUUCUUUAAA